AUGGCGAUGUCUCGGCUGUACGCAGAUUUAGCAGCACAUCCGGUUUUUCAAAACAAUUUGACCUCCCUGCCAAAAGUUGGGGCGGUGGAUGUGGAGAUCUCAUUGUGUCCUGUACAGGUGAUGAAGGUUGAAGACGCCAAUCAGAAAAUAGUAACGGCCUUUCAGUUUGAUGUCACGUGGGUGGACGAUGACUUGGCUUGGUCUGAACAACACUACGCCAACAUCUCCAAUGUGAGAAUCCCUGUUAAUUCGCUUUGGCAUCCAGUAAUUAUUACAGUAAAUGAUGCGUCAAGUUUCAACGAAGUUCCCUACCCAGACAUGGCAACGUUAUACUCAACUGGUCAAAUUCGAAUCGAAGCAGGAGUUUUUAUCCAGAGUUACUGCGCUUUUGACAUGACUAAUUUCCCCUUCGACUCGCAGACGUGCCGAAUACUAUUUAUAGCAGCAGGAAUGGGACCUCAGAUUCAAACAACAUUUCUUCUCAAAAACGAAUCUUUAUUUAUGAAAGAAAAAGAUUUCGAUUUCCUAUUACUAAAAGGAGAAUGGAUGAUUGAGGAUAGGUCUCUUAUUACAAAAGUUCUAUAUUUAGAUACAGCGUUUGAAGUAAGGAUUCGAAUUAGGCGUGCAAAUCUCUAUUACAUUUUGUUCCUUUUGGUGCCCCUUAUAUCUACCAUGCUGUUGACCCUGUUGGUGUUUUGGAUCCCUCCUGAAUCCGGUGAAAAUAUAUCAUAUUUAGUCUCUAUUUAUAUGUCGACAUCAUUGUUCUUGGGCCUUAUUGGGGAUAAUCUACCAAAGAACAUGUCCAGCGAAGACAAUGUGCCUAAGCUAACAAUGUUCCUCGUCUUCGUUAUUAUAGAGUGUAUCGUGGCGUUAAUGGCAACAGUUUGUGUCAUGCGCAGACAUAAACAGGAAAUGGAUCAAAUUUGCCUAAAUUAUGAGCCAGCAUUCAACAGUGUGAUGUACCAUACAAUGGCACCAAAGAGUUAUACAUUAUUUUUGGUCCUGUUAAACUGGGCGGAUGUGGAUCUACAUUUCCUUAAAGAAAUGGACCCGGCACGAAUGGCGAUGUCUCGGCUGUACGCUGAUUUAGCAGCACAUCCGGUGUUUCAAAACAAUUUGACCUCCCUGCCAAAAGUUGGGACGGUGGAUGUGAAGAUCGAAUUGUAUCCUAUGCAG